UAUCCACAUUCAAAUCUCCCCCAAUGGAUUAACUAAAAAAAGAAGAAAUUAGGAAUUUGUUCUCCUUUCACGACUUCAAGGGCAUACCAUAAUCGUUCUCACCACCUGUUUCCGAUCACCAUCGCUUACUCUCCACCAUCAACUUCUCUUCUCAUUCUUACAGUAUUGGAUGAAGAAGCUUUGCAGCGUUUCUUUCGCCCUAUACCUUCGCAUCUUAUUGUAUUCUCUAGCCUUAUGGAAUUUCCGGUUUCGGUGGUUGGUGGACAUAAUUUGAGAGUCGAUCAAGGAAUUAAGCGUCAUUUUCCAGUUCAUGGAGGGUUGCAACAAUGGCCGAUGCAUCUUCCCAUUGUCAAGUUUGCAAAUUGGGGAUUUGCAGUGCUAUCUAUCACGCCGCAACAUUUUCUUAGCCCCCGAGAGUAAAAAAAUUUAUAUAUUAGUCGACAAUCGGCCAUGGUUGCAAGAUCUCAUCUCCCAUCCGGCACACUUGUGGCAACUAAUGGUCACCAAGUCCAGAGUGUCUCCCUUUGCCAAUACCAGAGGGAAGGAUAAAAGACCUACAAGAGGGGCGCAAACUAAACCAAAACCGAAUGAAGUCAAUUCAGAGGAGGUUAAAAGAUGGUUUUCUGUAGUUGAUGCUGCAACCUUAUCUAGGAAAAGUGCAUUAUUGCCUGUGAAGAAACUGAAGGUUUUAUCAAUAAGUAGCAACCUAAAUAGGACUUUAUAUGGCUUCAUUGUAUUUGAAGUUGCUUGGAGUGAUGUUCGUGGUAUAAACUAUUGUAAUGAACUUCAGACUGAUGCUUCAUUUGCCCUAGAGGCUAAAUUUAUGAGAAGAUGGGAAUUUGAUAGUAUGACACAAGCUGCUAGAUGUAUACGUUCAUGGUUCUCUGGGACUCAUGCUGAGCGAAGUACUAUGACAGAAUAUUUGGACCCUACUAUUGGUAUACUUUUGUUCAUGUCGGCUGUCUUUGCAUAUAAAUAAAAGUAACUUUAUACUAUUUCUUUUCUUACAUUGGAAUUCUUCAACUUUUCUAGGGAAUGAAAAGUCAUUACAGUAUGA